AUGGAACAAUACCCCUACUGGCCUUCUCAGCGCACUGACUCCCUGCCCUUGGAUUCGCCUGAAAUUCCAACAACUGAAGGCAAUGAUCCGUCCUUGCACCUACUCUACCCACUGCAAAACCAAGUCUUAGAGCACCAGUUCGCCAAGCAAACUAGAUCGCGGCUGUCUAUCAAUGAAAUAAAUACAAACGUUUUGAAACACGAUUUCACCUCACCCACUUCCACCAAGUCUGCAUCUCCAGAAUUGUAUUUCGACCCUUCAGCAUUUUCCGAACGCCAGGAUUCAAACUCGGAUGGCAGUAGGUCAUCAAACCUAAGCACUCAAGAAGACGGACAAAAGCUCGUCAACCGGCGAAUUCAGAACCGCGCUGCACAGCGUCGAUUCCGCGAACGGAGAGAUGAGCAAAAUAAAGUCCUCCAGGGCAAAUUGGCAGAGUUACAGGAAGAGCAUCAAAAACUCUCCGACGAGUUGAGUCAAAAAUCUAAAGAUGUCGGCUCAUUGAAAACUGAGAACGAGGCGCUGAAGUCGGAGAUUGAGAACCUGCGCCAAAGAUGGCGGUCAAUACUUCUCCUCUUGAAGCGACCGAAGAGCUUGCAGCUUUUGUCGAUGCUAGUUGGGGGCGAAGAGGAACCGGAGGAUUCUGGUUCCGGUAUAAGCGAUUUGGAUCGUUACCUGCGAUGUUUGGAUGCUUUGACUUUGCCUAAUGAUAAGCCCUGA